UCCGUAGUGGCGGCCGGACCCCAUUGCGGCUGGCGAGACUCCACCUCCCGAGAUGCACCGCGGUGGGGCAUGAUCCGAGCCGAGGGGAGGGGCGGCCGCUCCGAGCUUGCGGGCGGGAGGGAGGAGGAGGAGGAGGGCGGCGGCGGCGGCGGCUUGGCGAGUCCCCGGGGCCGGCCAUGGCGGAGCCGAGCCCCGAAGAUCCCCCUCUGAGCCUCAAAGCCGAGACACAGCCUCAAGAAAAGCGGCAACGCACCAUCGAGGACUUCAACAAAUUUUGCAGCUUUGUCCUGGCUUAUGCCGGCUACAUCCCCUCCUCCACAGAGGAGAAUGACUGGACGCCGUCUGGCUCCAACUCCCCGCUGUGUCCGGAGAGCGUAGUGGACAGCGACAGCUGGGAAUCCACGCGGUCGGACCUGCACACCAUCGAGACCUUCGUCAAGAAGGCCAAGUCAUCGAAGAAGAAAGCCUCCUUCCGGCGCUUGAAAUCCGACAGCUCCUUGCUGGAGAAGAUGAAGCUGAAGGACUCCCUGUUUGACUUCGACCCGGUGGGGAAGCAGCCGCCCUCGCUCGCAGGGCCCAAAGUCCCCGCUGAUAAGAAGGACAAGCGGAACCGGAAGGCUGCCUUGGAAGCUGUGGCUGCCAUGCGCAACCGGAGCGAGGCGCUGGGCGAGAAGCGCUCACGCAUCAAAAAGAGCAAGAAGCGGAAGUUGAAACACCCAGAGCGAGGUGAGAAGCCGAAGCACAAAAUCUCCGUGAGCGAGACGGACUCGGAAGAGGAGGAGGAGGAAGAGGAGGAGGACGGAGCGGGCCCUCUGCGGCCAAGCGGGGAGGGGGCGGGGCCGGCCACGGCACGGGUCUCAUUCCAGGCGCCGCCAGAGCUGCUGGCCACCAAUUUCCCCAUUAAGCUGGAGGACACAGAAGGGGGGGGGGAGGCUGCCUUUUUCAAUGUCCCCUUUUUUGCUUCUUCUCCAGGCGACGACUCGUGGGACCUCAUCACCUGCUACUGCCAGAAGCCCUUCGCUGGGCGGCCCAUGAUCGAAUGCAACCAGUGCGGCACCUGGAUCCACCUCUCCUGCGCCAAGAUCAAGAAGACCAAUGUCCCUGACAUUUUCUUUUGCCAGAAAUGCAAAGAAAGCUCGCGGAAGCAGGUGCUGCCAGCCCCUCAGUUCCCCACGGUACUCAGCGCAACGGCCCCC